AUGUCAGGUAGAACCAAACUUGAUCGUCUAUCCGAACUGGUCAACAUCGACGUCGACUCUGUAGAUCCAAGAGUAGCAAAAGCAUUACCGUUCAAAGCUUUCAACCAAACUAGUAAUCAAGCUGUUUUCUAUACUGCUUUGUGUGAUGAAUACAAUAAAGAAGAUUAUGAGUGGGCGGUGAAGGAGUUUGGGAAAGAGGGAUGGGCAGAAUGUUGUAAACUAUGCGCCAACAACUUACCCAACGUCCAAAAUCGCGUACUCAUUCGAUUAUCCCCUCGUAAUCUAAAAAACAAAGAUACAGUCCUCGCUCAAUGUCAUAACUUUGAUAAAAUCUUUUCCGAAUUAGGUGUUUCGAGAGAUCAAUACGGUAUCAAGAUUCCCGUUGUUGGAAUAGGUAUGGCUGCGGCUAAAGAAUUGAAUGAACAAGGUAUCAGAACUUUAGGAACUAGUUUGUUCGGUUUACCGCAAGCUAUAGCUGCUAGUCAAGCUGGAUGUUUUGCUAUUUCUCCUUAUUACAAUGAGGUCAGAGCUUAUUCGGAUAAAUCUCUUUGGCCAGAUGUUCAAGAUCCAGCGAUUAACCAUCCAAUGUCAGCUAGACUUAUUCAUAUUCUAGAAACAUAUACCAAACUGUACGAACAGACGGGGAAAGAACAACCUAUUAUCAUCAUGGCUUCUCACGCAAACCUCGAAGAACUCUUCGCCACAGCUUCUCUUGGCGUACAACACUCUACCAUCCUAGGACAUCAUCUAACCGAACUUGCCGCUACUCCAGAUGAUCUACCUCCACACGGAUAUAUCAAACCUUCUCAUCCUUACAAAAAUCGUGUUACACCAACACGAUUCACCUUACAUUCCACUUCUGACCCUUUGGCAGGUCCCGAUUGGGAUGGAACUUUAGCAAGGACCGAUAUUGAUUAUCUAGCUAAUGGAGGGGAAGAAUUGGAUAAAGCUAUUAAAUCUGAUCCUGUCGUCACGGGGAAAAUCAAAGAUGUUUUAGAUAUAUUUCAUGGAGAGGAAGAGAAAGCGAGGGAGAAGAUUGAGAAGGAUAUAAAGGUUUUGUUUGGGUAG